ACGCUGCGCGGUAAGGAUAAGGUUGUCGUCCCUCCUCUUGUCUUCUAUACCAACGAUCGCAAGGAAGUCACCAUCAUCGUUCACUUGGGUCGAUCCUUGUGCGGCCACGAUAAGAUUGUUCACGGUGGUAUGCUUGCCACUUUGCUCGAUGAGGCUCUUGCCUGUGUCGCUAUCCCCGCCUUGCCCUUCAAUAUGGGGUUCACCGCUAACCUUAACAUUGAUUACCGACUUCCCGUCAAGGCUGAUCAGUGGGUUGUUUUGCGCGGUAAGCUCAACAACUUGGAAGGACGAAAGGCUUGGGUUGAAGCUUGGAUCGAAAGUGUGGAUGGACAACAAAAGUUCACCGAAGCCAAAUCAUUGUACAUUGCUCCCAAGGCCCCUUUCUAG